ACCAUUGCCGCGCAGCACAACAACACUGCACCGACUCAUCGACGAGAAGCUACUCGCUCGAUCGUGCAAGAUCAAUGGACCACUACGGCGUGGCCUACUACGGCGACGACGUCGGCCAGUUCGACGGCCGAGGAGGAGUGGAGUACGCGACGGUGACAUCGGCCCCGCCGAAGCGGCCGGCGGGGCGGACCAAGUUCCGGGAGACGCGGCACCCGGUGUACAAGGGCGUGCGGCGGCGCGGGCCCGCGGGGCGGUGGGUGUGCGAGGUGCGCGAGCCCAACAAGAAGUCCCGCAUCUGGCUCGGCACGUUCGCCUCCGCCGAGGCCGCCGCGCGCGCCCACGACGUCGCCGCGCUUGCUCUCAGGGGCCGCGCCGCCUGCCUCAACUUCGCAGACUCCGCGGACCUGCUCCAGAUCGACCCCGCCACGCUCCGCACGCCCGAGGACAUCCGCGCGGCCGCCAUCGCGCUCGCCGAGGCCGCGUGCCCUCACGACGCGUCCUCCUCCCCCUCCUCUGUCCCAGCCGUCCAAGCUGCCGCGCCGGCGCCGGGGAUGAUGAUGAUGCACCACCAGGGGAUGUCGCUGCAGCUGGAGGCGGCCGCGGCAGCGCCGUAUGACGACUACACCAUGUACGGGAGCAUGGGGGGCUUCGACAAUCACUCGUACUACUACGAUGACAUGAGCGGCGCCUACGGGGGCGGGGAAUGGCAGAGUGGCUCGCAUGUGGACGAGGACGACGACGAUGGCAGCGGCAACUGCGGCUACGGCGCCGGCGACAUGACGCUAUGGAGCUACUGA